UCGGCGGAGAAAUCCGAGUGCUGGGCGGAGAUUGCCGAAACCGGACGGAGAUUGCCGAAGGGGGGCGGAGCUUAGCGAGCCGCCGGAGCUCCCCUCGGUCUUUCCGUUUCCGGCGGCCGCAGGGAGCGGAGGCGCCAUGUCGGCCCAUUUGCAGUGGAUGGUGGUGCGGAACUGCUCCAGUUUCCUGCUGAAGAGGAACAACCAGACCUACAGCACCGAGCCCAACAACCUCAAGGCCCGCAACUCCUUCCGCUACAACGGAUUGAUCCACCGCAAAACCGUGGGCGUGGAGCCGGCGCCGGACGGGAAGGGGAUCGUGGUGGUCCUCAAGAAACGCUCAGGUCAGCGCAAGCCGGCCACGUCGUACGUGCGCGUGCGGAUCCGCCGCGACGCCCGCGGCUCCCUGCGCAGCCUGAGGCACCUGAUCAGCAAGAACAGAUACAGGAGGGACCUGCGCAUGGCCGCUCUGCGCCGGGCCAGCGCCAUCUUGCGCAGCCAGAAGCCCGUGGUGGUGAGGAAGAAGAGGGUGAGGGCGGCCAAGGCCCCGUGAGCAAAAUCAGAAAUAAAAUGUCUGAACAACC